GAUGGGGAUUGGUCAAGGGAACAUCUACUUCUGUGGAAUUGUGGAAGUUGAACGUAUUCAACAGUUGGAGAAGUGACGUGGAUCACUAUGGAUAGGACCAGCGAACAUUGGCUAAAUACUUCAUAAAUUAUCAGACGGUUCGCGACUACUGCAUUCAACAUGUUACCUUAGCGGUCAUAAUAUCGGUUGAGUCACCAACUUCAGAUUCAACUUGGUCCAAACAAGUUUUUCCUUGAACUAAAGACACUGCUCACCGGUGGCUAAGCUAGCGUAUUAGCUAACAGCCUCAUCUUUAUCAAUAACGUCAGCUGCCUCAAGUCUGCGUUAUGCAACUCAAACAUUGUAUCAUCACCGGAGCGGAAACAUUAAACGCCCGAACCAGGACUGCGACCAACCGCCCUUGACGUGCUCAAUUUACGGAAACGACUUUAUCGUCAGUUAGCCUGCUAACAUUAGCCCGUCAUCUCACCGAGCAGGAAACGUACGGUCAAACACCCGAGCAAGAUGUGCUCUCUGCUGCGAGGGGAAGAGAUGUGUCUGGCCCAGCUGUUUCUGCAGUCCGGGUCGGCGUACGACUGCGUCGUUGAACUGGGGGAGCUCGGGCUGGUGGAGUUCAGAGACCUCAAUCCCAGUGUUAACGCAUUCCAGCGGAAACAUGUCAAUGAGAUUAAAAAAUGUGAAGAGAUGGAGAGGAUCCUCGGAUACCUUCUGAGGGAAGUCAAGAAAGCAGACAUUUCUCUGCCAGAGGGAGAUGUGAACCCAGUGGCUCCUUUGCCCAAGCAUGUCAUGGCUAUAAUGGAGCAGCUGCAGAGGCUAGAAGUAGAGUUAGGGGAGGUCACCAGGAAUAAAGAGAAGCUGCAGAGAAAUCUGUUGGAGCUGACAGAGUACACACACAUGCUGCGCAUCAGCCGCAGCUUUGUACAGAAGACAUCAGAGCAAGAGCCGCUACAGGUUCAGUAUGAGGAAUUCCCCUUCUUGGAAAAAGACACACUGAUGGACUACAGCAGCAUGCAGAGGCUCGGGGCCAAACUUGGUUUCAUUUCUGGACUGAUCAAGAGGACAAAAAUUGAGGCCUUUGAACGGAUGCUGUGGAGAGUAUGUAAAGGCUACACCAUCCUCAGCCAUGCUGAGGUCGAGGAGUAUUUGGAAGAUCCUGAUACGGGUGAGCCUAGCAGAAGUGUGGUGUUCUUGAUCUCUUACUGGGGAGACCAAAUUGGUCAGAAAGUGAAGAAGAUCUGUGACUGCUACCACUGUCACUUGUAUCCCUAUCCCAGUACCAACGAGGAGAGGAACGAUGUUGUGGAAGGACUUAGAACUCGUAUUCAGGAUCUGCACACAGUUCUUCAUAGGACUGAGGACUACCUGAAACAGGUCUUGAUGAAGGCCUCUGAAUCAGUCUACACCUGGGUCAUCCAGGUCAAGAAGAUGAAGGCCAUCUACUAUAUUCUCAAUCUGUGUAGCUUUGAUGUCACCAACAAGUGUCUGAUUGCGGAGGUUUGGUGUCCUGUCAACGAUAUUCCCACGCUGAGAAGAGCCCUAGAGGAAGGAUCGAGAAAAAGCGGAGCGACCGUUCCCUCCUUUGUUAAUCGUAUCCCCACAAAUGACACUCCGCCCACCCAGAUCAGGACCAACAAGUUUACAUCUGGCUUCCAGAACAUUGUGGACGCUUAUGGAGUCGGCAAUUACAGAGAGGUCAACCCUGCUCCUUUCACAAUCAUCACUUUCCCGUUCCUGUUUGCUGUGAUGUUCGGGGAUCUGGGUCAUGGACUUAUCAUGGCUCUGUUUGCUUUCUGGAUGGUGCUGUACGAGAACAACCGCAAACUUAAAAACACCAGGAAUGAGAUCUGGAACACAUUCUUUGAGGGUCGUUAUAUCAUCCUGAUGAUGGGCCUGUUCUCCAUCUACACGGGCCUGAUAUACAAUGACUGUUUCUCAAAGUCCCUUAACAUCUUUGGUUCCGGGUGGAACGUGUCGGCCAUGUUCAGGGCCGAGGUGUGGAAGAAUGCUGAUAUCAGUGGGAACCGUUUUCUCACUCUGGAUCCAAAUGUUACAGGAGUUUUCACCGGACCUUACCCUCUGGGAAUCGACCCGAUUUGGAACUUGGCAUCCAACCGCCUUACGUUUCUCAACUCCUAUAAGAUGAAGAUGUCAGUGAUAUUAGGUGUUAUACACAUGAGCUUCGGGGUUAUCCUCAGCACUUAUAAUCACUUGCACUUCAGGAAGAAGCACAACUUGUACUUGGUCUUUCUGCCUGAGCUACUGUUCCUGCUUUGUCUAUUUGGCUACCUGGUGUUCAUGAUAUUCUACAAGUGGCUGGUCUUCACCGCUAAAGACUCCAGAGAGGCUCCAAGCAUCCUCAUCCACUUCAUAAACAUGUUCCUCAUGCAGAGUGAUGGAGUGCAACCCCUCUAUCCAGGGCAGACUGGGCUGCAGGUGUUCCUGGUUGUCGUUGCCGUUCUCUCCGUGCCUGUCUUACUCCUGGGGAAACCUGUCUACCUUUAUUGGCUUCACAAUGGAAACCACCGCCCAGGAUUGUAUAGGGGAUACGAGCGUGUGCGGCGCAACAGUGAGGAGGAGCUCUACCUGAUGAGGGCUCAUGACAUGGAGGAGGGCGCCAGUCACAGUGAUCUCUCCAGCAGUGGAGAGCGCCAGACAGACGAGUUUGACUUUGCAGAUGAGUUUCUGCACCAGGCCAUCCACACCAUAGAGUAUUGCCUCGGUUGCGUCUCAAACACAGCUUCCUACUUAAGGCUCUGGGCUCUGAGCCUGGCCCACGCCCAGCUGUCUGAGGUGCUGUGGACCAUGGUGAUGCGAGUGGGAUUACGAAUGGACACCAGUCUCGGGGUUUUAUUCCUGGUGCCUGUGUUUGGCCUGUUUGCCGUUCUUACUGUUUCCAUCCUCCUCGUAAUGGAGGGUCUGUCUGCAUUCCUUCAUGCGCUGCGGCUGCACUGGGUGGAGUUUCAGAAUAAAUUCUACAGUGGGACUGGAGUGAAGUUUUCCCCUUUUUCUUUCUCUCUCUUGCCCUCCAGCUUUGAGCAAUAUGGCUUACUGUGAAGGGACUCUCAGAUAAUAGUGUUGGGUAGUAAACUGAGCCAAAAAGGACAUGCUUAGGAGGGCACAUUGUAGAGACGUCAUCAGGAGAUAAUGAUUUUUCUUGUAAUCUUUUUUUCAUCUGUUCUGUCAAGAAAUUAUAUAGCUAUAGACUGGUUGAAAUGCAAUGCCCUCCCAGCAGUGGAAGAAAUGUAGACAUGAGAUUGUACUGUUGAGAAAUGUGUGCUAAUUACAAAUGUAUGUAACGCACAGUAUUUUAUACCAGGAGCAGUUUGAUUUCAUUUACUUUAUCGCUGCAGGUUAAAAUGCUAAAAGCUCCAAUUGGGAGAGGAGCCCAUAUCCAUAAAACCUUCAGUUUUCAGGUUUUGUUUAUGUCGGUAGUAUGGAAAACAAAAUAUGCCAAACUUGAAAUAUUUAACUAAAGACACGACCGAGACUUAUUAGGAUUAAUCUUUUUUCAGAAUCUACUCUUUUCACAGGAUUUUCUUAUUAGACAACCAGCUUUUUAAGAAAAUUGAUAUUAUGGUAUUUCCUGGCAGAUCUGGCUCAUAUGGGUGGUGGAUGAUCACUUAGCCUUUGUUUGACUUUUUGUUGCAUGGAGUGCCUUACAGAAGUACAACCAAAUGACAACAUAGUGUAUUGUUUUCAGUUUUCUUUGUGGUAUCAAAACAGUGCUGAGGCUCUUGACUUGUUUGUAUUGAAAUGUGCGCUGGCAGGUGAUGAGAUGUAUAUAAUUUUACAGAAAUAUUUUUUAAUUUAUUUUAAAGUGUAUCAGAAUUAAACAUAUGUUGACGGGGUUAUGAUUUUUACUUGUAUGCAUUCACAGUGUUGCCUAUGCAUUUGUCAAUUACUGAACUAUUUAACAUUCCACACAGUUGUUGACUCACCUCUGCUGGCAAGAGCCCCUACUUUGAAAUAUUCUUUAUUCAUAUUUAACUCCACGGCCAGGCUUUAUCAAAUCCUAUUAGGAGAUAAUUUAAUUAUAUACUAGUAUCAGGCAUUAGUAAUCAUAAAAUGUAUAAAGUGGAGUAAUGAUUAGCAAAUGUUUUCAUUCCUGUGUAGUUGACUUUAAAAUGUUCAAUAGGUUAGUUGAAUUGUAGUUUUCUCUAAUGCAGCCUUAAACUUGCCAUUUAUGUUAACAUUACGAAUCAUCUCUUUUCCUUGACAAACACUCCAUGUUUUAUUUUUUAGAAAAAAAAACAUGUCAAUGUCAAUAAAUUGCAUUUUUUUUUA